AUGGCAGAUAACAAUGAGAUACCACCACCUGUUGUGAGGUUUGGCGAUACACUGAGAUCGGGAAUUGAGUACCCCGGAGAGUUUGCUUAUGCGAACAACAACAUCAACAUUCCACCUCACUAUAUUAGUUUGGUGAAUGGGGGAAAUCUUUUCCAUGGACGGGAUGAUGAGGACCCGGUGAGCCACCUCAAUGCCUUCUACGAGUUGACGAACUCUCACAGACCCCCGAAUGUGGAACACAAUCUAAUCAAGAGGGUCUUAUUCCCAUUUUCUCUGAGGGAGAAAGCAAGAGCUUGGUAUGACUCUAUCCCGGGCUACAACAUAGCAACGUUCCAAGAGUUGAAGACGUUGUUCCUCUUGGAAUACAAUUCUCCUAUGAAGAUUGAGAAGUUGAGAGAGGAGAUCACCUCUUUCCGACAAAAGUAUGACGAGUCCUUCGCGGAAGCAUGGAAGAGAUUCACGGAAUUGAUAAGGAAAUGCCCAAGUCACGGACUAGCUCCGGGGCAUGACCUUUUGAAAUUCUACAAGGGACUCAACAGUGAAGGCACGGGAUUGGUGACUGCAGGUUCGAAUGGGAACCUAGAUGAUCUAACUCACGAUGAGGUGAGGGCUUUGUUUCAAAGGCUGGCCAACAAUCAACGGAAUUGGCACAAUCCAAGGCGAGGGGCUGAUAGAGCGGGAGAUACAUUUGGUGCUACCAAGGAUGCGGAAAGAGUGACCGCAAUUGAGGCUCAACUGGCGGACAUUAGCACUCAAAUGUCGUCGAUGACAAAGGCAGUUAAAUCUCUUCAACUGACUCCUCAACCCCAAGCUGUGACGGUGAUGAGAUGUGGGUUGUGCCAAGGCGGGCAUCAUACUGAUCAGUGCCCAAGUCUUCAAGGACCACCUGUGGAAGAUGUGAACUAUAUUGGCAACAAUCGCCAAGGGUUCAAUCAAGGCAACCAAUUCAACAAUCAGCAAAAUUGGAGACCUCAACAAACGGGAUGGAAUCAGGCUGGUCCUAGCAACAACUCGGGAAAUCAAUGGAGGAACAACACUCAACCGCCGGGUUAUGAGAAGAAGCCAACCGUCGAGGAUCAGUUGGGGCAGAUUCUCUCUUUCAUGACUAAGAGUCAAAAGGAGAACGAAAUUUUCAAGGAAAGGACGGUGGAAAAGUUUGGGCAGAUGGAUGCGACAAUGAGGAAUCUUGAGACGCAGAUAGGGCAGCUUGCCACGGCAUCACACACGAGGAUUCCUAACACCAUCCCGAGCAAUACCGUACCUAAUCCGAGAGGCAAUGAACAGUGUAAGGCAGUGGUCUUGAGAAGUGGUCGUGAGUUGGAUUCAACACCAUCAAUGGACGGCCAAGGUACUUCCGGCAUCUCACACGCAGGGGCGGAUGAGAUGUUAGGCUUGCAUUCCUCGCACGCAGGGGCGGACGAGGCAUGUAAGGGAAGUCCCGCGUUGGUGCAGGGUGCCCAACAUGGUCAAGAACAGGCUGCAUCCGGCAGCAAGGAAAAUGGUGUAGAAGCCGAGUUAAGUGAGAAGUUUUUGGCAGAAAAGAAGGGAAAGCAGAAAGUAGAGAUGGGAUCAAAUGGACAGCUGAUGACAAGUCCGGCAUUAGACCCGAAAAGCAAGUUCAACUUCCCUGAUCACAUUCCUCCUCCACCAUAUCCACCGAAGAGGAAGAACAGAGCUCCAAAGGAGAAAAGCUUCGAGUGGAUGAUGAACGUGAUUCGAAAAGUGAAUGUGGAUGUAUCGUUGGUGGACCUCUUCACUAAUUUCCCCAAGUUCUCCAAGUUCUUUAAGGACAUGAUGGCAAACAAGGAGAAACUUCAAGACGAGGGAAUAGUGGCAUUGAGCAUGAAUUGCUCACAAUUGAUUUCGGGAAUGAUGCCCAUGAAGAAGAGGGAUCCGGGAAGUUGUGUGAUUCCUUGUGAGAUAGGCAACACAAUUUUUACCAAAUGUCUAUUGGAUCAAGGAUCGGGGAUCUCACUGAUGGCAUUGAAAACAGCACGUGCCAUUGGACUGGAGAACAGAAUGGAGCCCAUCGACAUUGCUCUACAACUGGCUGAUCAUUCCAUUGUGAAGCCCACUGGAAUAGUAGAGGAUGUCUUGGUCAAGGUAGACAAGUUCGUCAUCCCCGUUGAUUUCAUAGUAUUGGAUAUGCCCGAGGACAAAGAGGUACCUAUUCUGUUUGGUAGACCGUUUCUUGCCACGGGAGAUGUGUUGUUAGGAGCUAAAGACAACUCUGUCACGUUUAGAAUUAAUGGUGAGCAAGUGACCAUUAAUGUGGAGAAAGCGAUGAAGCAUCCUAGUGAUGCAAAAGCGUGCUUUAGAGUUGAUGUCCUCGACAAGUGUAUCUUUGACAAGAUGCGUUGCUCGGCAAGUAUAGAAGGAAGCGUUUAUGAUAAGGGGAGCUUGGAAAGAGACUUUGGUUCGACAAUUAAAGUUGAUUUUGAUUUUGAUGAAAGUGAGGAUGCUCAAAUUGAUCGACCAAGUCUAGAGAAUGAAUGUGUGGUGGAUACUUUCGUGGCGGAUGUGCAGCCCUCAAUUGAAGUACCACCAAAGCUAGAAUUGAAGCCACUCCCGACAAAUCUGAAAUACGCAUUCCUUGGUGAGGAUGAAUCUUUACCGGUUGUGAUAUCGGCGAUGUUGAAUGAUGAAGAGGAAUUGAAGUUGAUAGAGCUACUGAAGUCACACAAGAAAGCUCUAGGUUGGUCCAUUGCCGACAUCAAAGGAAUUAGCCCCGCAAUAUGCAUGCAUAAAAUCUUGAUGGAAGAUGGAGCUAAGCCGGUAAGAGAGAGACAAAGGAGGUUGAACCCACUUAUGCAGGAAGUGGUUGAAAAAGAAGUGAAGAAAUUGCUGAAAUAUGGGAUGAUCUAUCCCAUUUCCGAUAGUGAGUGGGUUAGCCCGGUACAAUGUGUACCAAAGAAAGGGGGAAUAACCGUGACCGUCAAUGAGAAGAAUGAGGUUUUGGCAACUCGAUUGGUGAACUCAUGGAGAGUUUGCAUGGAUUAUAGAAAGUUGAAUACGGCGACGAGAAAAGAUCACUUCCCGUUGCCAUUUCUGGAUCAGUUGCUCGAUAGGAUUGCGGGUUAUUCCCAUUAUUGCUUUCUUGAUGGAUAUUCGGGGUACAAUCAGAUUGCAAUUGCCCCGGAAGAUCAAGAAAAGACGACAUUCACAUGUCCUAUUGGAACUUAUGCCUUCCGCCGGAUGCCUUUUGGUUUGUGUAAUGCACCGGCUACAUUCCAACGUUGCAUGAUGGCAAUUUUUUCUGAUAUGAAUGAAGACAUCAUGGAGAUCUUCAUGGAUGAUUUCUCCGUCUUUGGAUCCUCAUUUGACUUUUGCUUAGAAAACUUGAGACGGGUCCUACAAAGAUGUGAAGAAUCAAAUCUCGUGCUCAAUUGGGAAAAGUGUCAGUUCAUGGUCAAGGAAGGCAUAGUGUUGGGACACAAGGUGUCAGAGUUGGGGUUGGAGAUGGAUAAGGCGAAGAUUGAUGUGAUCUCAAAGUUACCUCCCCCAACGAAUGUGAAGGGCAUCCGUAGUUUCCUUGGACACGCGGGAUUCUACCGACGUUUUAUAAAGGAUUUUUCAAAGAUUGCAAAGCCACUUUGCAACUUGCUUGAAAAGGAUGCCAAGUUCGUCUUUGAUGGGAAAUGCCUUGAGGCAUUUGAAUUGCUGAAGAAAAAGCUAGUCGAAGCUCCUAUUAUUAUCACACCCGACUGGUCAAAGCCGUUUGAGCUGAUGUGUGAUGCUUCGGACUAUGCUGUGGGGGCCGUUCUAGGCCAAAGGAGAGACAAGGUUCUACACGCUGUCUACUAUGCUAGCAAAGUACUCAACGAAGCUCAACUGAAUUACACCACGACAGAGAAGGAAAUGCUAGCAGUAGUGUAUGCUUUUGAGAAGUUUCGUGCUUACUUACUUGGCACGAAGGUGGUAGUGUUUACGGAUCAUUCGGCUAUCAAGUACUUGAUGAACAAGAAAGAUGCAAAGCCUCGGUUGGUGAGGUGGAUCCUUUUACUACAAGAGUUUGAUGUGGAAAUCAAAGACAAAAAGGGGACCGAGAAUUUGGUAGCCGAUCAUCUGUCUAGAUUAGAGGGAUUGGAAGAGACGGAAGAUGAAAGAAAGAAAAGGAUAAAUGAGAAAUUUCCCGACGAGCAAGUGUUGCAAGUGGAGGCUCGGGAAACAUAUGUGCCGUGGUUUGCCAAUUUGGCAAACUACCUUGUCACGGGCAUUAUACCAGAAGGGUUGUCAUCUAACCAAAAGAAGAAGUUUUUGAGUGACACCCGCACAUAUGUUUGGGAAGAUCCGUUUCUCUUCCGGAUUUGUAGUGAUGGAGUGAUUCGAAGGUGCGUUGGAGAGCAUGAGCACCUUCAGAUUUUGUCUGCAUGCCAUGAUUCGUUGUAUGGCGGCCACUUUGGAGCACGACGAACUGCUUUUAAAGUGCUUCAGUCCGGAUUCUUUUGGCCAUCGAUCUUCAAGGAUGCAAAAGCCUAUGUAGAACGAUGUGACAGUUGCCAAAGAGCCGGCAAUAUCUCGUGGAGGAAUGAAAUGCCGAUGAAUAAUAUUCACGAGGUAGAACUUUUCGAUGUUUGGGGAAUAGACUUCAUGGGACCGUUUCCCAAGUCUAAUGGGCAGCAAUACAUUCUCGUUGCUGUCGACUACGUAUCUAAGUGGGUAGAGGCAGUGGCCUCGGCAACCAAUGAUGCCAAAGUGGUGUUGAAAUUUAUCAAGAAUCACAUCUUUAACCGCUUUGGGACACCACGAGCCAUUAUCAGUGAUGGAGGAACUCAUUUUUGCAACAAAUUGUUUGAAAACCUCCUAGGAAAGUAUGGUGUCCAACACAAGGUUGCUACCCCUUAUCAUCCCCAAACAAGUGGUCAAGUUGAAGUCUCCAAUCGUGAGAUAAAGCGGGUGCUUGAGAAAGUUGUAAGGCCGUCUCGGAAGGAUUGGGCUCAAAAGCUAGAUGAUGCUUUGUGGGCCUAUCGAACGGCGUAUAAGACCCCGAUUGGAACUUCACCAUACAAAUUGGUAUUUGGGAAGGCUUGCCAUUUGCCGGUAGAGCUUGAGCAUAAAGCUUUUUGGGCUUUGCAAAAGCUUAAUUUGGAUUAUGAUGCUGCAGCCGAGAAGAGGAUGUGCGAUAUGAAUGAGAUGGAUGAGUUUAGGCUUCAUGCAUAUGAGAGCGUUGAUCUCUACAAAGAGCGUGCUAAGAGGGUACAUGAUGCAGCCAUUAAGCCUCGUCAAUUCCAUGAGGGACAACUGGUCCUUUUGUACAACUCUCGGCUUAGACUGUUUCCGGGCAAGCUCAAGUCAAGAUGGUGGGGUCCCUAUGUGGUGCACAAGGUAUACCCCUAUGGUGCUGUGGAUGUUCGGGAUCAGAAGAAUGGUAGCAUUUGGAAGGUGAAUGGCCAACGCUUGAAGGCCUAUGUUGGAGUUGAAAGUGGCACGGAGACAGAAGAGGUGGUCACACUAGAGAAUCCGAAAGUGUAGACCAAAGAUGAAGAAGGUCGAGCCAACGACUAUAAACAAAGGCGCUGAUUGGGAGGCAACCCAAGUUUUUUUCUUUCUUUUAUCUUUUGGUUU